AUGUCCCUAGGCGUCCCUCUCAAAAUCAUGCACGAAGCAUGUUCAUCAUAUAGUUACAGUCGAACUCAAAACAGGCGAGAUGUUCACUGGAUACAUGGCAGAGGCAGAGGACACAAUGAAUGUCCGAUUGGAUGA